AUGCGAGCAUCUCCAUCAUUUGGAAAGACGAUAACGAUCGAAAGUUUUUACGGUGGUUUCGGUGGAAUGUCAGUGGGCUCGGAAAUUGGUGGUGUAAUAGGCGAUCUUGUUGGUGGACUCUUUGGCGGCGAUGAUCCGCUGGAUGACCCACGAGAACAAGUGAAACACAUCGAAGAAGAAAUGGCAAAACAACACUAUUGUGUGAUUCAAGAAAUCAAACUCGAAAUUGAUGAAGCGACUGAGAAAAUCCUUGUCAAUAUCACAAAACAACUCGAGACAUUACGUGAUAUGAAUAUCUACAUGAGAGAACAUUUCGCGAUUGUCGAGAAGAAAACGGAUGAAAUUUUGAAGGACAUCGAAACAUUGAACAAUCGAUUGCUUUUAGUCGACUAUCAGAAUAAAGUUCGAACACCCUUACGAGCAAUUGGAAUGUUCGCCUACGGCUAUUUGACAAUCACCGAAAAAUGGGUACCCGAAAAUCAAGAGUCUUUGAAAAGACUUUGUAUUGACAACUCGGAUAAUCUACUCACUGUUGUUGAGAACAUGCGCGUAAAACUCACGGAGAACUGCUCACCGAAGAGUCAAAUCGUUGAUCAAAAAUAUUGGGAACUUUUUGAAAGACUCGCAAGAAAACACUCAAAAACGAUGGACUCACUCAACGACGGUGAAGUGGAAAUUAUAGAAAAAAUUUUUCACAAAAUGUAUAGCAUCGAUUAUGAUGAUGGGUUGCUUUUGGUAGAUGAUUCAGAAAGAAAAUUGUUGCUAACCGAGCCAUAUCAAUUGUCGUUUGACUCGAAUUGUACAGAUGGCUAUCUUUGUGAUUUGAAAGAAGUGCUGACUGCAAUGAAUCAUCCAUCAAUACGAGAAGUGGAAAGUUGCUUGACUGAUGCAACGAUCAAUGGAUGCAAGAACAGAACUGACUGCCUUGCUGACUUCUAUAUGUCUGUGGCGGCGGACAUUCAAAUUGCACUUGAUUCGGUUAUGCCAUGCGCCCAAACAAUUGCAUUGAAGCGUUGGCCGAGCUCGAUUUAUGGCGAGCUGGCGAAAAUCAAUGACACUUUCUAUAAAUAUGUGGCUAGUAAAACGGUAGGAGUCCGACAAGAAAGUGAUUACAUGGAAAUGCUUGAUGGGGUCGAAGAUUUCUCUCUUUUCACAAAUAAUACUUGGAAGCUGUUCAAAAAUUUUGGUUCUCCAUUCUAUGGAAAGUUUAUCUAUAUGGCUCAACAAACAAUCACAAACGAAACGUUACCUGAUGAACUGUCUGAACUUUACGAGGUUGUCACUUCAUGCGAUUUGAGACCCUGCUCCUUUUGUUAUGCAGGAAAAUGCGAUCAGUACUACCGGGUACUGGCAAUGAAUCGAACUCAGAACUCAACGACUGGAGAAAACACUGACCAUCGCUGGGAACUGCAUUACAUUCCCGGUAGAGUGGACCCACAAGCUGGGAAAUGCCCGACAACAAAUUCAAGUCAAGUUUUUCGGGCUCUUCAACAAUACGCAUAUGAGCCGCUUAUUGAAACGGUGAAAAGAAUCGAUGGACUACAAACUUGCAAUUACAUCAUCUCGAAAAGUUCUGUUUCUCCUGAUCAACCACAUCUCUUACAACAAGCAAAAGCCACUUAUGGAAAAGAAGAUCGAAUGUGGAUUGAUUCGAAAUGUUUUGAAGACACUUGUUGGUCAUUCUAUUUGUUUGAUCUCAUCACAGCUGAGCUGCCUGAACCGACGACAACUGUAACAGCAAUCACAAGUGAAUCGCCCACCGAUUCAGCGAGUUUU